ACGAGAGGUCACGGGGCAGGGCUUGUCCACACACGUGUGAAGACCUGGCCUUAGCCUGGCUCCGGGAUGUGCCCGCGGUGCCAAAACACUAGGUGGUGUGCAGGCCUCGGUGCUGGGGAAGCAGGAAGCGCCCCGCUCCAAUCCAGAGAGCGCCUCUAGACGGGGCUGAGCCAGAUGGUCUGGGCCCGGAGCCUCACCGCUACCCCACGUGGAGACCGCUGCCUGUUUUCGUCGCCCUCCCCGCCUGACGACGGGCCCGUUGCCUGGAGAUGUGAGCGCGCCGGCGGGUGGGGGCUAGCGGCGAACGUGUGAUGUGCGCGUGCGGGCUGCAUAUCCUCCAUCUCGUCUCCAUGCGAGACCAGGAACCCAGUAAGGACAGUCCCGCAUGGAGGGCUCCCAACACCCUUUCGCCCCGUCGUGCUUGGUGAGGCUCCUUUACGGCGCGUUUCCAUGCCGCGCCGGACUUCCCUAAGUGCUCCCCUUCAUAUGACUGAGAAACUGAAGAAUCCGGCGGGAAGAAAGGACGUAGGGUUGCCAAGCCCGCGCGGAAACUGAAGCUGGAGCCGCACCUCGCGCUUUCGGAAAAGCUGGGCGCUGAGUCCUGAUGUUCGGACGAUGGAGAAAGAGCCCGGUGGAGGGGGAGCUAAGGAGGCCUUGCCCAUUGAACCCACACUUCAUCGCGUCCCUACUUCACUAUCGGAUAAAGAGACCGAGGUGCCCAGUAAGGGCCGGGACUCGGCGGUCUGCGGGGAGUGGGAAAAAGGCCAGAAAAUAUCCCACUGUGGGAGAGGAUUCUACGCUGGAUGCCUUGUGGGAUCCACUGCGGCGAUCUACACUCGCCGGCUCAGGCCCAUCCACACCCUCUGCGGCCCAGUGGACCGCAACUUGACCAUCCGCAGCUACCCUUAUCUCCUGGGCCUCCAGUGCCAGCGCACUGGGUUCCACCCAGGUUCCCAGCUGCGCGCCUUUGCCGAAUCUUCGCUGAGUACCCACCAGAGGGCGCACUGACCCUGUCGCCUGAACCAGGCGUUGGGGGCUGGGAAGAGGAACUUGCACAGGAGAGCCCAACCGGGGGCAAUGCUCCAGGACAGAGGUGAAAAGAGAAGGGCCUUGAGGCCGCCUCCCUCUGGUUUGAGCAUCUUUGUGGCUCCUGGCUUCCUGGACAGGGGCCGUUUUUAAGCCUGGUUUUCAAGACCUCCAACCUCUCUGUUCCACUCCCACCCACCCUGUGCCCCAGAGACACUUACUGUGAUUGUUCAGGUCUCCAGGCUGUUGCACAUACUAAGCUCCCUACCUGGAGCACCCACCCACCUACUCAUCCCUUUGUUUUCCUGGCAAAUUCCUACUUAUUCUUCAAGAUCCAUCUCGAAUAAUUGUUCCUCCAGGUAACAUUCGUUGAUGACUAAGCCAGGUUAGAUAACCUGUUCUGGGGGCGCCUGGGUGGCUCAGUCAGUUGGGCGUCUGCCUUC